AUGUGCGACUUCACGAAAAACUACUAUAUUUACACGUCCUGCAUGGAUUCCGGGACUUACUUCUGCAAGACCUCUACUGAUGGAAACCGAAAACAAUCUUGCCCCAAAGGCCCUCAUGAGCGCUACAUCAUGAUUCCUGAGAAUUGCCCGCUGUGCUGUGGCUGA